UGAUUGGAUGAGCCAAUUUCAGGAAGCAACGUAAUUUUUUCAGCUCAUUAGCAAACCGUCAUUACCUGCAGAAGGUGAACUGGGCCCGGUGCAAGGGAGCAGUCGAAGUGAAUGGCGGCUGCUAGGCUAUCUUACGCCACGGUGAGCUAACGCUAGUUCGAAUGUUAGCAGAUAUCGCCAUAGCUACAGCACUCUAGACGUGUUAGUUGAGCACAUGCGUUUGAAAGAUUUUUACGGUUGACGCCAGUGAGACGCACUUACCGUUAAUUACCUUUAACUUAACCGCCAUGUCAGAAAAGGCUCCUCUUCUUCAUUAUCGACUCACCACGAGCACUGGCCCGGAGCCGAAAGAUGUUCCCAAACACAGCAGUGCUAAGGCGGGCAGAGACGGCCGACGGACCAAGGAAAAAAACGCCCCAAAACUCGGAGUGGUGUUUGGAGUGGUCAUACCAACUUUACUGUCCAUGUUCAGCGUCGUUGUUUUUCUGCGAAUUGGAUUUGUUGUGGGUCAAGCCGGGCUCUAUCAAUCUAUUGCCAUGUUCCUGGUGGCCUACUUCAUUAUCACAAUGACUGUGCUUUCUGUGUGCGCCAUUUCCACCAAUGGGGCUUUAGACGCUGGAGGUGCCUACUACAUGAUCAGUCGAGCCCUGGGUCCAGAGUUUGGUGGCAGCAUUGGGAUCAUGUUUUUCUUUGCCAAUGUGUGCGGCAGUGCUCUCUACAUUUUGGGUCUGGUUGAGGCUAUCUUGUCUGCCUUUGGCAUCCCAGAAGAGGGUGCUGCACAUGUUGCAGGUCUCCAUCAGGUUUUGCCUACAGGAUACUGGUGGUCUUUGCUUUAUGGCACCGUCCUACUCUUCCUUUGUUUCAUUGUCUGCUUGGUGGGAGCCCACAUCUAUGCCAAAGCCACCUUUAUCAUUUUCAUCAUAGUCACGACAGUCCUGGCUUCCAUUUUCAUCAGUUUCUUCAUUGUGGGGCCUGUUGUGGUGAUUCUGCCAGAUACCUCUGUUUUUAACAGGACCAGUCUAAGCAUCACCAAUUAUACUGGUUUCCGGCUCCACACCUUGGAGGACAACCUAUUGCCCAGUUACACAGUAGACUACACCACUGGUGCCAUGAUGAGUUUUGCCACAGUGUUUGCUGUCAUGUUCAAUGGCUGCACUGGAAUCAUGGCAGGCUCCAACAUGUCAGGUGACCUGAAAAAUCCAAGUUAUUCCAUCCCAAGAGGAACGCUUGCAGCUGUGCUUAUAACUUUCAUCACGUACAAUAUGCUUAGUGUGAUGGCUGCGUGGUCCUGUGACCGUCGCCUACUCCAAAGAGACUACAGUUUCCUGGGAGACAUCAAUAUUUGGCCGCCCCUGGUCACAGUCGGGAUUUACUCCUCCACUAUGUCUGCUGCUAUGAGUAACCUGAUAGGAGCCUCCAGGAUCUUAUAUGCUCUCUCUAAAGACAACCUGUUUGGUGGUGUCCUGGCUCUGGCGAGGAAAACAUCUCGAAGUGGGAACCCCUGGGCCUCGGUGCUUGUCUCCUGGUUGCUUGUACAGGUGGUGCUGUUCGCUGGUAAAUUGAACACUAUAGCUGGUAUUGUAACCAUCUUCUUCUUGUUGGUCUAUGCUGCUGUGAACUUGGCCUGUUUGGCUCUAGAAUGGGCUUCUGCACCAAACUUCAGGCCCUCAUUCCGUUGUUUUACCUGGCAUACCUGCACAUUGGGCAUCCUUGGCUGCUUGAUCAUGAUGUUCCUGAUCAGUGCCAUUUAUGCCUUUGCCAGCAUAGCCUUCAUGUUGCUGCUCUUGAUGCUUAUCCACUACCUCGGUCCCAUCAGCAACUGGGGGUACAUCAGCCAGGCUCUCAUAUUCCACCAGGUACGCAAGUACUUGUUGAUGUUGGAUGUGCGUAAAGACCAUGUGAAGUUCUGGAGGCCACAGGUGCUACUGAUGGUGGCAAACCCACGCAGCUGUACAGGUCUCAUGACUUUCAUCAAUGACCUGAAGAAGAGUGGCCUCUAUGUACUGGGACAUGUGAAGCUGGGUUUACUAGAUGGAUUGCCCUCUGAUCCUUUGCAGAGCCGUUAUGACUCCUGGCUGUCUCUAGUAGAUCAUCUGAACAUCAAGGCAUUUGUCAACCUUACCCUGGCUGACUCUGUCCGACACGGAGUUCAGAACCUGCUUUUCAUUACAGGAUUUGGUGGAAUGAGGCCAAACACCAUUGUCUUGGGUUUCUAUGAUGACUGCACCCCUCAAGACCACCUCCAAGGUAAAAUUCUUAUGUCUACAGGCCAUGGCUUGGAUGCAGUCAGUCCAAGCAAAGAGCCUGGAGAGCAGCGACCCCCUUUUUUCUCCAUUGUGCGGGGUGCUGAAGAACUCAAAGACCUUCAGAAAGAGGAAUAUGUGUCAGUGAUCGCUGACGCUGUAAAAAUGGGAAAGAAUGUGACACUGGCUCGUUACUUCAACCAGUUUAACCGAGAGGAGGUCUUGGGAUCUGGAAGAAAGAUUGGAGGCCAGCAAAGCAUGACAGGGCCAUUCGUUGAUGUGUGGCCUCUGAAUCUGCUUCGACCAGACAGCUGUGGCUAUGUCGACAUCUGCUCACUGUUCCUCCUGCAGCUGGCUUGCGUGCUUCAAGAGACCCGUGCCUGGAAACAGGCAAGACUCCGCCUUUUCCUAUGUGUGGAGGCUGGUUGCAGUUUGCAGGAAGAGGAAGAGACGAAGCUCAGGGUUAUGCUGAAGGAGCUGAGAAUAUCGGCCCAGGUGCAGAUGGUUGCUUGGGACCAGGUGGUAGCACUGCAUUGGCAGAGGCAAGGAGGAAGGGAGGGAGGGAAUCUGGUGGAGUCUGCACAGAAUGAGGAGAGGAUGGAGAGAGAAGAGAAAACUGAGGAAGAAAAUGGUAUCCAAACGUUCCCCAAUAAUGCUGUUCAGCUUACAGACGAAUAUAUCUGCGCUGUCAACAGUCUGAUUCACCGACAUGGAGCCCCUAAACCUGCUGUGCGUUUCCUGUACUUGCCACGCCCACCAGCAGACACAAAUCGUUACUCUGCCUACCUGCACCAGGUGGACCUGUUGAGUCGAGAUCUUGGCCCGACAUUGCUCAUUCAUGGAGUCACUCCUGUGGUCACUACCGAUCUCUAGAAUUUUACUAUCAACUGUUAAUCUAUCAACAAUGCUGAUCCUGUAUUGUUCAUCGGUGGAAAUGCCUAUUGCUACCAAUUUAUUCACCUGAUAUUUAAACUGUCAAUCACAGUAUCAGAUCUUGGACUGAGAUAUGAAAGUCAUACCCAAAUGUAGCAUUUCUACAGCUAAUGUUUCCCUUUAUAUUGAUAAAACACUAUAAAAAUGAAUUUGAUGGCCUCAAGUUUACCUCUGAUAUUGAAAGUGAUUGCUUUAGGCUGUUAAAUGAUCACUUGGAGAUGGAGCUGUAGUGUAUAAUGUGCAUAUUUUGUGGGGUGAAAGGAGGAAAGGAUCAGUUUUCUCCAUUGGUUAAAGGUGAUAACGGAAAGUAUAAGUAUUAGUCCCAUGCUCUUGCUCAACUUUUCUUGUAUUUGUUAAAGUACUGUUUACACAUGGAGACUGAGCUUCACCAUUGUAUUGUUCAUGUUUAUAGAAAAAUAAAUCAAAUUAAUUGUUC